AUGGAAGAAGAGGAUGAAUCGAAAGAGAUAAAAACAUCCGGUAUUGAAUUAGAUAGUGGUGGGGUAGUAGAUGGUAGUGUGAUGCAAUCUGGUAAGAGUAAUCAGAAAGAAAAUCUAAGUGUUGGCAGUGGCGUUGAGGAUGAACAUGAAGUUGAAAAACAAGGACGUGGAGUUGAUUUUGCAACAUCACUUGUGGAUGAGAGUCAGUUUGAGCAAGUGUAUUUGAAAGAUCAAGAGAAGAAUAAUGAGUAUGCAUAUUCAAAACAACCGUCAGGUCUAGAUGAUGUACAGCAACCAGUUGAUGGAAAUGCAGAGGAUUUACAAUAUCCGUCUGGGACGUAUUCGACAGGGUAUUCUUCUCCAGUUGCUGACAUGCAACAUUAUCCAUUUAGUCCAGAGGCAGAGGAACAUUUUGGUCAGUCUGCCUCAUCAACUGGUUUAAAUACACCUGGAUUUUCUCCUGUUCGUUCUCCAUCAAAGCCAAGACAAAAAAAUGCCGUGCCAAAUGUGUCUGCAGAGUUAUUGCAUUUAGUUGAUUCAGCUAUCAUGGGGAAACCAGAAAGUAUGGAAAAGCUAAAGAACAUUGCAAGCGGUGUAGAAAUUUUAGGGAAUGGCGAGGAGAUGGAGAACGUUGCUUUCUUAAUAGUAGAUUCACUUCUUGCAACAAUGGGUGGAGUUGAAAGUUUUGAUGAGGAUGGUGCUAACAAUCCUCCUAGUGUAAUGCUGAACUCUCGGGCUGCCAUCGUGUCGGGCGAACUUAUUCCCUGGCUUCCUUAUGUAGGUGAUUCUGACGCUGUCAUGUCACCUAGGACACGAAUGGUGAGGGGACUACUUGCCAUAUUACGUGCUUGCACUAGAAAUAGAGCAAUGUGCUCAAUGGCUGUGUUCGUGAUCUUCAUAGAUGGUUCCAAAUCAUCACAAGAACCCUUACCACGAUAUGGGCUCCACGCUUAA